AUGCCGCCGAUACGUACAUCCCGCAACCGCAAGCCGCCACCGGCCGGCUUCGAUGACAUCGAGGACACACUGCUCGAGUUUAGCAAUAAGAUGAAGGACGCCGAGAACGCGUCGCAUGACGGCAAGAAGAAGCACGAGAUGCUAUGGCCCAUUUUCCAAAUAAGCCAUCAGCGCUCGAGGUACAUCUACGACCUGUAUUAUGAAAAAGAGGCGAUUUCGAAGCAGCUGUAUGACUGGCUCCUCAAGAACAACUAUGCAGACGCCAAUUUAAUCGCCAAAUGGAAGAAACAAGGAUAUGAGAAGCUUUGCUGUCUGCGCUGUAUCCAGACGAAGGAAACCAACUUUAACUCCACGUGCAUCUGCCGCGUCCCGAAAGCUCAACUCAAGGAGGAUCAAAUGAUUCAAUGUGUCAGUUGCGGAUGCCGAGGCUGCGGCAGUAGUGAUUAA